UCUUAAAAUAUCAUCGAAGACAUUUAAGCCAUGCUCUUCCUCUCACUGACCCUCGGGGCUAAUUGGUCCAUCUUCAAAAGGUCAUGGGCCCUGAGAUUUUUACUGUUCAUUCUUCCCAUCUGCGACCACGUGAUAUUUUGUAUCAAAGGGUGUGACAAGUACAUCAGCUCUAAUUAUAAUACUCACACUAUUUUUUUAUUUAUUAAUUUAUUUUUUUUAUAAUUUGGGUUUUUUUAUUGAGAAUUUAUUCAGAGUGAUAAAAGGGAUUAAAAAAAAGGGAAACAAAUCAAAGCUUUAAUCAUAACUGUGUUGGGAGAAGCAGUUGGUGGGUCUUAAGAUUAAAUAUUUAUAUUGUGGGGACCAAAAAAUAUAAAAAUAAACUCAUUUCUAUUUUCACAAAGAUUUCUUUACAGAUUUUCUGCCCUCCCUCCUUCCUUUUUUAAUUUUUAACCAAUAAUACUUUGAUUGAAUCUAAUACCUUGAAGAUAUGAAAAAAUAAAAUAAAAUAAAACCCAUCAAAAUUUAGAAAGUCUUGAUGAGUUUUCCCUUUGAAUUUCUUGUAUAUUAUAGUAUAUAUUAUUCUGAUCACAAAAGCCAAAGGAAGAGAAUUAAAAGGCAGCCAUUAUCAUGUCACAAUUAGUGCCAGUAUUCAGAACGCCUCUAACUUUUUUUUAUUAUGCCUUUUAUUUAAUUUUUCUCUUUAUAUUUAAAUAUGGUAUGUGAACUGGCAUUAGCAGAUUAAAGAAAGAAAGCUUGGAGGUUUCUCCUUCAAUCUUCCAUUCCUUCCUUUCCUGUGAGAUGCAGAUUUUAAGGUGAGAGAGAAUCAUAUUAAAUACAGAUGGCCUUGUCAGUGAACUUUCGUUGUAAUUUCUCCAUAUUUUUUUGUGUGUUGUAGUAUUUCUCUCAGGAAUACUCACCUUGUCCUGCCUUUAACCUCUUCAUAUAAUAUCCUCUUAUUGCAAGUCAAGACUAUAAUGAUUUAAUUAAUUUUCCUUACUCAACUCAAGAUCUCUGUUUCUUUCUCUCUUCAUUCGUAUAACCCAGUUGUAGUUUUUUCAAAUUUUCUCAGAAAUUGUUUGAAGUUUUGUUUUUUAUGCAAUGAGAGACUUGGUUUCUUGUUUUAGUGAAAGUGCAGUACAUGUCUCCCAUUCUUCUUGUUCUAGCUACUCCAGCAACGCUUGUUUUUCCCCCAGUCUUGUUCCUUCUGUUCAAGAUGCAGUCACUUGUCUUUACAGAAUCAUUCUGUCAACAACAAGCCAACUCUUCAUUACUGUAACUUGGUGUAAAAGCCCCAUUGCAGGUCAAGGUUUGAGCAUAAAGUUUGGAGAUGAGACUUCUGCAUCUUUCAAACUCAACACCAAUUCACGCUUCUUCAGGAAGAAGAAAGGCAACAAAGUGAUUGAAUACACCACUUCAAAGAUCGAAGUUUUCUGGGACCUGUCAGCUGCUAAAUAUGAAACUGGACCGGAACCUGUUGAAGGGUUUUAUAUUGUGGUGAUGGUUGACUCAGAAAUAGGCCUUAUUUUAGGCAAUUCGGGAGAAGAAAUUGUCACCAAGAAGUUGAAGAAUAGCUCUCCAGUUGCUAAAGUCUCUCUCAUUACAAGACAAGAACAUUGUUCAGGCAAUACCCUUUAUACAACCAAAGCUAAAUUUUGUGACAGUGGCACUUCACAUGAUAUAGUGAUAAGAUGUAGUGGAGAAAAUGAAGGGUUGAAGCAUCCAGUUUUAUCUGUUUGUAUAGAUAAAAAGAUGGUGAUUCGUGUAAAGAGGCUGCAAUGGAAUUUUAGAGGAAAUCAAACAAUUUUUAUUGAUGGAUUACUUGUUGAUCUGAUGUGGGAUGUCCAUGAUUGGUUCUUCAAUCCUGCGUCCGGUUAUGCUGUGUUCAUGUUCAGAACAAGAAGUGGAUUUGAUAGCCGGCUUUGGUUGGAAGAGAAAUUGCUGGAGAAAGAACAAGACAGAAUUGAGUUCUCUUUGUUGAUCUAUGCCUGUAAGAGCCCUUAAAAAAACUGACUUGUUCUUGAUGUUUUCUUUUUAUUUUUUUAGAGUAUACUUUUUUUUUUUGGUUGAAAGGUCUAGAUACUUGAUUCUUUGAUGAAUAGAAAUAACUUGGAGUGGAAAAUUUUAGUUGUUAAGAUGCUGCAGAAAUGUGAAUUUAAGAUUUAAAACAUUCAGUUGGCUAUGAAGAUUUUCAGAAAGGACACUGGCAGAUGUUUCAACAGGGAAAAAAGGUUGAGCAUCUCCUGACAAUAAUCAGUAUUUUGACCGUAUAAACUAUGAUUUCUUUUAAUGUGUUCUACAAGAUUACUCAAUUUUGUUUUCUUAAAUGCUGAGGUUGGAUGAUUGAUAUGAUCUUGUAUAAAAAGAUAUCUCUUCUUUC